AUGUUCAAGAAAGAUAUCCCCCCGAGCGGCCGCUCAAAAGUCAAAUCCUCGGUGCAGCGCGGCCUGCGCCAGAAAUUCCUCGACACCUACCCCGGCUUCGAGCCGUACAUCGAUGAGAUCCUGCCGAAGAAAGCACAGCUCGACGCGGUGAAACUGCCGGACCGAGCCACGCUCUACACGAUCGAAUCGACGCCGCUGUUCUACCAGCCCAUGGACGGGCCCCCGAUUCCGCAUCUGAAGCUGCUGCACGCGUACCCGGAUGCCCUGCCGACGGUACAGAUCGACCGCGGCGCGAUCCGGUUCGUGUUAUCCGGUGCGGCGCUUAUGGCGCCCGGUCUGACGUCGCCUGGUGGCCGACUGCCUGAUGCGGAGCAUGCGCUGGAGAAAGGGCAGGUGGUUGCUGUCAAGGCGGAGGGGAAGGAGAGUGUGUGUCUGGUUGGGCCGUUGAAGGUGGGGACGGAGGAGAUGAAGGCCAAGCCGAAGGGUGUGGUGAUGGAUGAGGGGCAUUAUCUGGGUGAUGGGUUGUGGAAGUUCCAUUGGGACUGA